UUUUUAUUUACCGCGAAAUAUUCGAAAUUUAUUUGCCAAUCUUAUGAAGUCUUUAGUGUUCUUGACCUUGUCAUUUGUUAUUUACAUUUACAAAAAAAAAACAAAUGACGAAAUUUAUAUAUACAUUUGCAAUUUGUGACGAAAAAAAGAGUUUAUUAUUAUCUUUAGUCAGGCCAUACAAUUUGAUGCUAAUAAUUAUUUAAAAUAAUUUAAUAAUUAGCAAAUAGUUGUUGAUUUUAGAGGAUGUUUCAACGAGCUGUUUUAGGCUUUCUUAGUGGAAUUGGAACUGCAAUUAAAUAUGUUUGUGUGACACAUUGUGUUCUAGAGUAUGGUGGUGAUUUUAUUGUUUGUACUGGUCCUUCAAUGGAGCCAACAAUUAUCAGCAAUGACAUACUCUUUACAGAGCACAUUUCACCAAGACUACAUAGACUAAAAAAAAAUGAUAUUAUCAUAGCAAAAUCUCCAUCAAAUCCUCGUCAACAUAUUUGCAAAAGAAUAACAGCAACUGAGGGUGAAAAAGUACGCCAUGGAUUUACAACAUAUGUGGUACCAAAAGGACAUAUCUGGCUUGAGGGCGAUAACAAUAGUAACUCAGCUGAUUCUAGAUUAUAUGGUCCAAUUCCAGAAGGUCUUGUUAGGUCCAGAGCUAUUUGCAAAGUUUGGCCUUUUCGAGAUAUCACCCUGCUUACCACAAAUCACAUGCAGCAUGAUUAAUUAGACAAAAAAAAAUUAAUAAUUUAAUUCAUAAAUAUUCAAACUAAUGUAAAUACUUUCCUCUUGUAAUUAAAUAUAAUAAUAAUAAUAAUGACCUAUGUUAAAAGUAA